AUGGUUCUGAACUUGACUACUGAGGUGGAAUAUCUCAGGAGACUAACAGACGUUCUUGGUGAAGAAAAAAGAUUGCUUCAGAACAAAGUAUUCUCUUUUGAGGCGGAACUGAAUAAACUGAAUGCAUCUAAGCCCCCUUCCAAUGAUGAAUUAAUGGCGUACUUAAGAAGCACAAAACAAAUAGUUCAAACUUUGGUGGCAAAUGAGGAAUACGAAAAAAAUCUAACUCUGCGACUGAACGAAGCGGAUAAUAAUAUUGCGAUUUGUAACAAGCAAAACAAAAACUUAACGAAACAACUUGAAGAAGUAAUGAAUAAUUUGUUGAUAAACGAAAAGCGGGAUCAAAAUUUUACUCAACGACUUAAAGAAAUAGAGAAUAUUUUGGUUAUUUAUGAUAAACAGGGAAAAAACAUCACCCAAGGACUCAAGGAAAUUCACAAUAUUUUGAUCGCAAAUGAAGAAUAUGGCAAUAACCUAACGUUGAGACUGAAUGAAGCGGAGAAUGAUAUUGUAAAUAGUGAGAAGCAGAAUAAGAAAUUAACACACCAACUUGACGAAGUAGUAAAUACUUUGAUGAUCAACGACAAGCAGGAUGAAAACGUCACUCAUCGACUGAAUGAAGUAGAGAAUAUUUUAGUGAUAUAUGAUAAGCGGGGGAAAAACGUCACUCAACAACUCAAUGAAAUUCACAACGUUUUGACUGCAAGUGAGAAGUAUGACAAAAAUUUAACUCAACAGCUCGCCGAUUCAAUGAACAACUUGCACGAUAUAAAAGUUCAGAUGCGAUAUACAAGCCUGUCACUAAUGGACGUGCAUUCUAAGACGGACAAACUCAAUACUACGUUAAUAACACAUUUUGACGAUCAAAUUAGGGAUGUCUGUGGAAUAAUAACCAACAUUACCAAAAAAGUUGCCUUUACGGCCGGUGUGACGUCAUACAACAGCACCUGGAGCAGCGGUGCCUUGGUGUUUGAUAGGAUCGUGUACAACAUAGGAGGAGGGUACGACUCCAGUACUGGUGUCUUCACAUCACCUGUAGACGGACACUUUGUUUUCUUUGUGAACGUUCAAGCUUAUUCUAACAACAUUAUAUACACAUAUUUAGUGCUGAAUGGCUCCAGUAAAGUCACAACAAUGGCAUAUGCUGCAGGUAGUGAAUAUUACACUGCAGGACCGAACUUGGCAGUGUUACAGCUUCAAAAAGGAGAUCGCGUGUGGGUCCAGUAUUACACUGGAUCUGGGUAUUAUACCGAAGGAUCAGCGCCUGCUACCACCUUCUCUGGAUUCCUCUUAUGAUUAAUUUGGGAAAAAGGCAUUUAAAUACAAUGUAGUUGUAAUUUCAGCACAUAU